CCUUUUGACUACAGCUCAUUUGUAAACAAUAUGGCGCAUGGACGACCUGCUAGUCGUCAAGGGAGAUUUGUUUAUCAUAGCGAUCACCCUCAAAACGGCACGGCAGACGAACUUCCCUCACAAUCUGUGUUCAGUUUUCAUGGCUCAGAUGAGAUACAUCGAAUUCAAUCAAACCAAGUGAUGCAUGCACAGAAAUUGAGUCUGCAAAAAACUCAUCCUGGCUCUGCUUCAAGUAGGCCAAUGGUUGCAGUGCAUAUGUUCAAUGUACCAUCUGAGAAACCUAUUAAAGACACUGAGACAAAUUACCCAUGGUCUGGUAGAUCAGAUUAUCAGUGUAUACCUUCUCCUCCUCCUGUGCCUCCAAGUCUUCACAAUGUCAGGCAAGAAAGUGCAAGGCGGAGGCUAAUCUUGGGGCAGAGACCUCCAGACAGGAGGUCACCAAAGGACCUAACAAGUGACGAAGAUGCAGCAGAAAAAAAUCCUAAGCUUCUAGUACGCAGCCCAUCCUCCUUGAGUAAAUAUGACAUUCUUCCUGCAAUUGGUACCAGCACAGAGCCUUCACUUGGGGGGUCUAUUGGUAUCCUAGCAACAGACAGAAGUGACAGCUUUAGUGCAGUUGUGGUAGGCACUUCUGUGGACCAAGACACAGUGUACUCUGGGAGUAUUCAGCACACUGAUGUUGAUGUUGACCCUUGCAAGGGUCUUGGAACAGCAAACAGAUACUCCAGCAGCUCAUCAGACUGUUCAGCAAGCAUUAUGACACCCCAUGAAUCAGUUAGACAUCAUAGUAACAUGCAGUCCACAGAUGAAGUCAGUUUUAGUCCUAAGCGUCAGAAUCUGUCUGCUAAACCAUUAAUGGAUCAUGCUAGUUUGUCGUCUGCAGAAACAGUUAUGGCAUCGAUGGGCAGAAGCCACACCACUUUGUCACAGUAUGCAUUGGACAGUGUUCUGGAUGCAGAACGAGACGGUAAGAUUCUGUUAGGAGUCAAGAUUCCAACUGAUGGUUCACGACACAAGCAGUACUUUAAACAUGAUGACCAGUUACGAUGCAUUGUGCUUUAUGCAGAGGAAGUUUCAGGAAAGGACUUCAGCAACUACAUCAUCAUUGUGCCUAGCCUGAAACAGCGAUUCACAGACCUAACUCAAAAAAUCAAAGAUGCAGGGCUAGAAGAUAAAAGUGUUGUGCAUCUGGAAGAAAUGGACUGAAGAUGACCAGAAAGCUUGUCAGAUUGCACCUUUAUUUGUCUUGCAGUCUUCAGUGGAGAGUCUUUUAGAUAUGACCAAAGAAAAUUAAGUUUCCCUCAUUGGAACUGGCUAAAAGUACUGACCAUAUAUUUAACAAUAUGGCUGGUUAUUAAAAAAAGUAGUUGAUGCUUACAAAUGGAAACUCAACAGAUUGUUGAUGUUCAUGUCAGGUAUGUAUUCUUUUAGUAUUAAAACUGUUGAUAAUGAUUUUAUUUUGUGCACCAAUGAUAACGUAAUAAUUAAUUUUAGUUUUUAAAGAAAUCUUUACCAUUUUAGUCCUCAUUGCUAGCUGUUUUAUCUGUUGUGGAAAGACGUGAAAUUCCCAAUGAAGUAUAAGGUAUACAUGGUGUUUCCACCUCUGAUUAAAGCAAAAAUUUUAUUUCAAAAACUCCUAAUAAGGUAUAUGAAAAAUGUACAUUGUAAGUUACAUGUAAAUUAAUAAAAUGUACAUUAUCUACAUUGUAAACAAUUGUCAGAGGUCCCAUCACAUCCAGCAAAGAGGAUUGUUAAAGACCAACCUGAAUGGUUUGCGUUUUUAGCAAAUAUUGAUAGAUAUAGGCGAUAUAAACCUAACCUGUAAAUUUCAGUCUCCAAAACCGGUCAGUUAAUUAUCCCCUACCAAAGCAUGCGAUUUGCACCUUCGGAUUAUUUGGAUAUUGAAAGUCUCCAUUUCUCAUGCUUAAGUAGCAGUUUUUCAUAACCAUGAGAAAUGCAGACUGUCAGUGUCCUAAUAAUCCGAACUGUCACUCAUCCUCUCUCUCUCUGAUUGGUGCUGACUGCAGGCAAUGUUGUGAAUGGUGCACUAACAUGAUGUAGUACAUUGUUACAGCACUUACUGAUCGUAGGUGCAAAUCAUGGAUAAUGAAUUAAAGGAUGGCUUUUGGAGGCUGAAAUUUACAGAUUGGGUUUAGAUCACCUCAAUGUACUGAUGUCUGAAAAAAAUGCAAACCAUUCAUGUUCGUCUUUAAAAGUUGAUGUACUACAGAGAUAAAGCAACUUAAAAAUC